GGGGGACCUUGAUGGGUAAUUUUAUAUUAAAGAGCACUAUGAUGAGCACAUUUAAUGUUAAAGUGUAAUGCUGAUGGGCACAUUUAAUGUUAGGGGGCACUCUGAUGGCCACAACUGUAGAAAGGGGCACUCUGAUGGGCACAUGGGAUGGAAAGGGGCACUCUGAUGGGGAAUAUGAUGGGGUCACUUUGAGUGUAAGGGGGCACUUUGACGGCAAUACAUGAUGUAAGGUGGCAAUGUGAUGGGGAUACCUGAUGUAAAGGAGCACUCUGAUGGGGACAACUGAUGUAAAGGAGCACUCUGA